AUGUCCUACUGUAGAGGAACGGCCGAGGCGGGCGUGUCACCUCCCGGCCGAGGGGGGCGUGUCACCUCCCGGCCGAGGGGGGCGUGUCACCUCCCGGCCGAGACGGGCGGGUCACCUCCCGGCCGAGGGGGGCGGGUCACCUCCCGGCCGAGGGGGGCGUGUCACCUCCCGGCCGAGGGGGGCGUGUCACCUCCCGGCCGAGGGGGGCGUGUCACCUCCCGGCCGAGGGGGGCGGGUCACCUCCCGGCCGAGGCGGGCGUGUCACCUCCCGGCCGAGGCGGGCGUGUCACCUCCCGGCCGAGGCGGGCGUGUCACCUCCCGGCCGAGGCGGGCGUGUCACCUCCCGGCCGAGGCGGGCGUGUCACCUCCCGGCCGAGGCGGGCGUGUCACCUCCCGGCCGAGGCGGGCGUGUCACCUCCCGGCCGAGGCGGGCGUGUCACCUCCCGGCCGAGGCGGGCGUGUCACCUCCCGGCCGAGGCGGGCGGGUCACCUCCCGGCCGAGGGGGGCGUGUCACCUCCCGGCCGAGGGGGGCGUGUCACCUCCCGGCCGAGGGGGGCGUGUCACCUCCCGGCCGAGGCGGGGACAAGAGAGCACGAACAGGACAAUAA